UUUCAGCUGCUUUUCCUCAUCUUUAAAUCUGAGCUGCAACACGAGAGUUUCAGACUGCAGCAGCAGGGAGACGGACUCGAAGUAGAGCGGAGAAAAAGGCUAACUACAUCUCUACAAGCCGAGCACAGCUACAGGGACAAGCAAAUCCAGUGAAGGUGUGAAGACAGCCGUCUGGUCAUGGAGUGGAGACUGUGUUUCCUCCUGCUGCUUGCAGGGCUGUGUGCUCCCGCCCGCUGCCUCCCUCGUCAGUACCACUUCAUCGAAGAGGCCCUGCCCUGGCUGGACGCUCAGGUGUACUGCCGGGAGAUGUUUACCGACCUGGCCACCGUGGAGGACGUCGAGGAAAUGAACCGCCUGAUGAACACGGCCCAGGACACCACGGGGGGUUUCACCGAGCUGGCCUGGAUCGGGCUGCACCUCGCCGACUGGAGGUGGUCGCUGUCAGACGAGAGCUACUACGUGGACCAGGAGGCCGAUUACAGGAACUGGGACGCCGGCCGGCCCAAAAACUUCAAGGGGAACCAGCUCUGUGUCCAGAUGAAGCCUGGAGGGGUUUGGGAUGACGCCAAGUGCUCCCAGCGCAGGUCCUUCGUCUGCUACAACGGCGGAUCUGAUACGUUCGUCUUUGUUGACAAGGCGAAGUCCUGGGCCAGCGCUCAGCGGUACUGCAGGCGGUUCCACACCGACCUGGCCAGCGUCAGAAACCAGGAGGAGAAUCAGAGAAUUCAGAAUCUGAGCAAUGACAAGAACGUCUGGAUCGGCCUGUACAGGAAAUGGGAGUGGUCGGAUCACAGUGGCGCCACCUACCGCAACUGGAGGCAUGGGCAGCCCAACAACUUUGAUGGCAACCAGGAAUGCACCGCGGCAGAUCUGGGCAACGCUGGCCUGUGGUCGGAUGAGAGCUGCAAGAGGGCCCUCGCCUUCGUCUGCUACGGAGAAGAAAAAGAAGCCACCACCACUGCAAGCCCAACCACCAUAGAGGAAGACUCAACCACUGACCUUACUGAGACAGAAAUUACCUCGUCAGCCCAGACGUCAACCACAUCAGCGGCUCCAACAACUUCCGCUCCUGAAGAAACCACCACCACCACGAGCCCAACCACCACAGAGGAAGACUCAACCAGUGACCUUACUGCAACAGAAGCAACCUCAUCAGCCCAGCCAUCAACCACAUCAGCGGUUCCAAAAACUUCCACUCCUGAAGAAACCACCACCACCACGAGCCCAACCACCACAGAGGAAGACUCAACCAGUGACCUUACUGCAACAGAAGCAACCUCAUCAGCCCAGCCAUCAACCACAUCAGCGGUUCCAAAAACUUCCACUCCUGAAGAAACUCCCAUCAGCACUACCAACAUGACACCAAACCAAACAACCACUACACAGGCAGACCCAACCACUGAACUGACUACUUCAGAAAUGACAUCAGCCCAGACUUCACCCCCAGCAAUGGCUCCAACGCCUUCCACUCCUGUUGAAUUUAUUGGACUGGAUUUACCACUUGCCGCCCUGAGGGAACUGAGUGAGAAUGACGUCAGAAACCUUGUGGCAGGGUUUCGCAAUCAGCUGAUUGAGCUGGGACUCCCCCGUAACAUCAGGGUGGGCUUGAGGAUAACACUGGAAUAAUGACAAACCCACCGACACAGAAAGAACAACAGAGUGCUGAAGAUAUCAAAAGAAGAGGACUGUUUUUCCUUCUUUGACAAAUGAAAAUUGAAAAAUGAAAAGUGAAUGGAAAUGCAUUUUUAUUUCAUAUCCCAUAUUCAAUGACAUGGUGGUGGACAUACUUCCUUUCUCUCAAAAUUUAAAAUUUCAUUUAGACUUUACGGUUAUCACAAUCUAUGUCAAAAUGAUUGCCAUCAAUCCUUCAUCACCAUAUUAACAGAAUGUAGUGUAUUUUACACAUUGCUUAUUUUAUUGUCCUCCCAAGGAGAGACAUUUUAUUUUUGCCAGCACCUGAAUCCAACACAGUAUUUCAUGCAUAAAUAGCUGUAUGUGCAUUAAGCAAUAUCCACUGUAAUCUCCAGUGUGUGCUACCUAUCCAUUUUUAAAAAUCUGUAGUAUUCAUAAUAAACAUAAUUCUUGGUUUUGGGAUAGAGGGAUUGUUUCCAUGUUUUAGAGUAUGUUUGUGCCCAGGUGUG